AUGAACGUGUUGCAUGAUUUAGAUCCCCAGGAAAGGACACUCGAAGAUGUGUCUGAUUGUGUUUCUGAUUCCGAUGAAUAUUUUGGUGACAAUUUCUAUGAUGACUGGGACAACAGAGCAAUUAACGGGAUUGCGGACCUCCAAACCGUGAAGUUUAAAGAGCUAACUGCAGAUCAGAUUCGAAGGCUUCCUUUUCCAGAUCGAUCGGUUGCCUUUUCAUUCUACAACUUGUAUGCUAAAAUGAAUGGUUUUUCUGCAAGGAAGAGUCAGAUACGACGCAAUGUGAACAAUGAUGUGACACAACAAGCAUUUGUGUGCUUUAGACAGGGAUUUAGAGAUUUGUGCUCUGAUAAUGACGCCGCUCGACGCAAACGGGAACCAAAGCCUACAACUAGAUGUGGAUGUGGGACAGAGAUGCGUGUGCAUAUACAUGAGGAGACAGGCAGAUGGAUUGUAAGCUACUUUCAAGAAGAACACAACCAUGAGAUGCUUGAUGAUAUGUUAACUUUUAUGCUUCCUGGGCAUAGGAAAAUGAAUUCUGCUGCAAUUGAUCAGAUGAACAUGAUGCUGAAAGUUGGUAUUAAAACUCCUCAAAUUUAUUCAUCAUUUGUACACACUGCAGGCAGAUUUCAUAAUGUGCCCUUUUUGAAAAUAGAUAUGUAUAAUCAGAUAGACAAGCAACGGAGGCUCAUAGGCGGUGAUGCCAAGGCUUGCCUUAAGUAUUUGGAAUCAACGGCAGCAGAGAGCCCAGGAAUCCAAUUGGACUACCAUUUGUUUGGGGAUGUGGUAGCAUUUGAUGCGACUUAUCGAAAGAAUAAGUAUAUGUGCCCUUUAGUUGUGUUUUCCGGUGUCAAUCAUCAUAACCAAACCAUUGUGUUUGCAUCUGCACUUGUUGCAAAUGAGAACGAGGCAACGUAUACGUGGUUACUUGAACAGUUUCUAGAUGCCAUGAAGGGAAAUAAGCCUCGGUGUGUGAUUACCGAUGGACAUGGAGCAAUGAAAAAGGCCAUUGAGACUGUGUUUGCCGGUGCUUAUCACCGCCUAUGUGCUUGGCACCUGAUAAGGAAUGCAACAUCAAAUCUCAGCAACCCAACAUUUACGUCCGAGUUUAAGAAAUGUAUGCUUUUUGAUUAUGAGGUGUCAGAGUUUGAAGAGAAAUGGGAGAACUUGGUGUCUAGCUUGGGUCUUCAUGACAAUGAAUGGGUUUGUGAUCUUUAUGCUAGGCGCAAGAUGUGGGCAACCGCUCACAUGAGAGGACAUUUUUUUGGAGGCUUUCGCACAACCUCUAGAUGCGAGGGAUUGCAUUCUAUGCUUGGGAAAUUUGUUCAUUCGAGGCAUAACCUGAGAGAUUUUGUUGAACAGUUCUUCCGGUGUAUUUCCCAAAUGAGAUCCAGAGAAGCACAGUCUGAUUUACAGUCAAUUGUUGGAGACCUAGUACUACAAAGCCCGUUGCAUGAUUUGGAGAGGUCGGCAGCAAACAUGCUCACCAGAGAGAUAUUUUUGUUAUUUCGUCCAAUGCUUUCGAGAGCUUGCACUUUGAAGAUUCGUUCGUGCACGUACACACCAACUUUUGAGAUUUACACGCUUUCACGUUCUGGAAGUUUGCAUAAAGAGUGGCGCGUAUCUCACUAUCCGAAUGAAGAAAUAUACAAGUGUAGUUGCAUGAGGAUGGAAUCGCUUGGAAUACCAUGUGAUCAUGUUGUUGCCGUCCUUGUUCAUCUUGAUGCUACUAAGUUACCCAAGAGUCUCAUUCUUGAUAGGUGGUCCAAAAAUGCACGUUCAAGGGUUCAUGCAUUCAUGGAUAAUGGCCCUUUUUGCUGGGAUUCAAUGGUCACUUGCCGUAACUGGAUGCUAAGCGAUCUUUGCAGGGAGUUAUGCCUUCUUGGUUCUGCUGGCGAUGCUGAAUUCUCCGAACUUAGGGAUAAAUUUCAGAAUGAGAUAAGCCCCCAAGACGAUUGUUAUAGGCCGGAUUGGACGGAUGUGGAAUACACUAGUUUCUUUUGGGAUGGUGAUGGUGGCAGUGACAACUUUGACAUGGAGAUCCCUUAUAGAACUGGUGCAAGAAUAUUGUUGCAGAUUGCACAAAGGAAUAACCUGGAUGUUGAUGUUCACUUGGCAUUGGGCUUUGCUUCCCAUUACGGCAAAUUAGGGACUACGGAGUAUUUGGUGGAAGAGGAGAAUGCCAUAGCAUUUGUAUUUAGAAAAAUUUAA